ACGGCGUGGUCCGAAAGCGCAGAACAAACGAUGGGCCGCUGGCUCCUCUGCGGCACGCUCACGUCGCUCUUUGGCGCCGUCUUUCUCAGUCUCCUCGGGUACAUCCUCUCCUUCCAGCCCGACUAUGUGCCCGGCCUCAAGCGUUCCAUCGCCCCAGCCGCCCACGCGGCCAACUGCUGGGUCGGUGCGAUGGCGUAUCUCACGUCGCUCGUCGUCUGCAUCGGGCUCUCGUGCUGGGAGCGGCGCCGGCAAGUGCUCGACAAUGACGCCAAACUCAAUCCCGUGUACGAGCUCAAAACCCUCCAGCGAUCGCUGGAUUCUUGGGAGGACCUUGGGACGCCGCCUCGCCUCGUAGACGACGACGAACAUAUCAUGUAGUUACUCCACUCGGUAAGGAAAGCACUCCAGUACACCCACCCGGAACACUCAAAUAUAUAUCCGUG